AGUUCCAAUUCAAACAGGAGACCAGGGGGCGCGCGUGUCUCUUUCACCCUCCUCUAGUGCAGUGGGAUCACUCUAGCGCAUUUCAUCUCUAUGGUGGUAACCCUUUGUGUGGCGGCGAAGCCUACAUUUCUACCUCUUGUGUUUACUUCGGGAUUCCCCACGAGGACUGCUCUGGGAAUGUACCUGCCUUCACCCCACCCCAUUCGGGGAGAGUCGGCUCUAUAGGAAAGCUCUGGCGGGGUGUGGGUGGCUUGCUGUCCUGUCCUUGGCGGGCGUCUACCCUCGCGUUAGCCGGGAGGCAGCAGGAUCUCCGGUUUUCUUCUCGUGGGAAAAGGCGGGGAUCAGCCGCCGCCGAGGCCCCCCGGGCGGAGGAGGCAUCAUGGGCAGGACGGUGACGGUGGCUACUUGCGCUUUGAAUCAGUGGGCGCUCGAUUUUGAGGGCAACCUGGAGAGGAUUUUGAAAAGUAUUGAAAUUGCUAAAUGCAAAGGAGCGAGAUAUCGGCUCGGACCAGAACUUGAAAUUUGUGGCUAUGGCUGUUCAGAUCAUUACUAUGAGUCUGAUACACUCCUGCAUUCCUUUCAAGUCCUUGCUAAACUUUUGGAAUCUCCUAUUACUCAGGACAUAAUAUGUGAUGUUGGGAUGCCUGUUAUGCAUCGAAAUGUCCGCUACAAUUGCAGAGUGAUCUUUCUGAACAGGAAAAUUCUUCUGAUAAGGCCAAAGAUGGCUUUGGCAAAUACAGGGAAUUACCGAGAAAUGCGAUGGUUCACUCCUUGGAGCAGACCACGACAUGUGGAAGAGUAUUUUCCUCCCAGGAUGAUACAGAACAUAACAACUCAGGAGAGUGUCCCAUUUGGUGAUGCUGUACUGGCAACUUUAGAUACCUGCAUAGGGACUGAAAUCUGUGAAGAACUGUGGAUACCCACCAGUCCUCACAUUGAAAUGGGAAUUGAUGGAGUGGAGAUUUUUGCAAAUUCCUCAGCAAGUCACCAUGUCUUAGGCAAAGCUCAUACUCGAGUGGAAUUGGUGAAUUCUGCAACAGCAAAGAAUGGUGGGAUAUAUCUCUUGGCUAAUCAGAAGGGCUGCGAUGGUGAUCGUCUGUAUUAUGAUGGCUGUGCCAUGAUAUCUGUGAAUGGAAGCACUAUUGCUCAAGGGCUUCAGUUUUCUCUGGAUGAUGUGGAAGUCUUGGUUGCCACCUUGGACUUGGAAGACAUCAGAAGUUACAGAGCAGAAAUAUCGUCUCGAAAUUUAGAGGCAAGUAAAGUAACUCCCUAUGGCAGAAUAAAGGUACACUUUGCUCUGUCAUGUUCUGAUGACAUACGUACACCUACGAAUGAGCCAGUCCAAUGGAAGUACCAUAGUCUUGCUGAGGAAAUCAGCCUUGGCCCUGCCUGCUGGCUUUGGGACUACUUAAGGCGUAGUAAGCAGGGAGGAUUUCUCUUGCCACUAAGCGGUGGAGUCGACAGUUCUGCUACAGCCUGCAUUGUGUAUUCCAUGUGUCAUCAGGUUUGUUGUGCAGUAGACAGUGGAAAUCAGAAUGUGUUGGAUGAUGUGCAGAAGCUAGUAAAUGAUGAGACUUACAUACCAAAGCAGCCUCAGGAAUUCUGUGGACGUGUCUUAACAACUUGCUAUAUGGCUAGUGAGAACUCUUCGCAAGAGACACGCAACAGAGCCAAAUCUUUGGCUGAAGAGAUAGGCAGCUACCAUAUAAAUAUAAAUAUAGAUGGAGCAGUGAAAGCCAUUUGGGGAAUUUUCAAUGCAGUGACUGGACGACUGCCUCAGUAUCAAGUGCAUGGAGGAAGUGCCAGGGAAAAUCUAGCCUUGCAGAAUGUGCAGGCCAGAAUAAGAAUGGUUCUCGCCUAUCUGUUUGCCCAACUAUCUUUAUGGAGCCGUGGAAUGCCUGGAGGAUUGUUAGUGCUUGGGUCAUCUAACGUGGAUGAAAGCCUUUGGGGAUAUUUCACCAAGUAUGACUGUUCCAGUGCUGACAUAAACCCUAUUGGCGGAAUUAGCAAGACAGACUUGAAAAGCUUUAUCCAGUAUUGCACUGAGAAUUUUCAUAUAACAUCGCUGGAAAGUGUUGUGUCUGCACCACCAACAGCAGAAUUGGAGCCCCUGAAGAAAGGGCAUGUUGCUCAAACAGAUGAGGAGGAUAUGGGGAUGACAUACUCUGAGCUUUCUGUCUAUGGCAAGCUAAGGAAGAUAGCAAAAGCUGGACCUUACACCAUGUUCUGUAAGCUGAUAACAAUGUGGAAGGAGAUCUGUGCUCCAAGACAGGUGGCAACAAAGGUUAAACAUUUCUUCAGAAUGUAUUCUGUCAAUAGACACAAAAUGACUACACUCACACCUUCCUACCAUGCUGCAAACUACAGUCCCGAUGACAACCGUUUUGAUCUAAGACCUUUUCUUUAUAAUUCUGCCUGGUCCUGGCAGUUCAGGUGUAUAGAUGAACAGGUUUCUAAAGUAGAAUCUGAGGAACUGAAGCCCAAGCCUGAAGAUGUGGCUUGACUCUUCUCUUGUUGCUCUAAAUGGAUGGUGUUGACUAUGAAAUCAUUCAAACAUCCAACAACCUAGAUAUUAUGAAGAUCAGAAGAUUUCUAAAAAUUAAGGAAUCAGUGCUGUCUCGUUAAAGACUCGUGUAUUCUUGUAAGAAUAUUGAAAUGAUUAUAUUCCAGUGAAUGCUCCAGUCCAAAUGCAUCUAACUCUUAACUGCAAUCAUUAAUAUUCUAAAAAUUGAAACCCAAAGUAAUGGUUUGUAUAUGUUACUGAUGUAGGUUGGCCACGCAACAGCUUGAGUUAACUGUUCCAAAAUUUGGUUGUUAAUUAGUCAUUAAAUACCUAAUUUACUGUCAUAACAGCAUUUUUGUAUACAUGCAUAUGUUCCCUUGGAAGUAAAGACUAAUAAGCUCACUGAGGCUUCCUGUUAGAUUAAAUGGCUAGGAGUGCCUCCUAAACUACUGAAUUCAUUGUACUGCUCUGGGUGGUGGAAACGUUUAGAACAGGGGUCUCCAAACUUUCAAGCUUGAGGGCCACAUAUAUUUUUCAGAUUUUUGAGGGCCAAAGGAACAUGCGUGCACGCAUAUUUGUGGUUGUCCGCCUGCAUGGACUUCCGCCCACGUGCACGGGCUAAAAAGAACAGGCCAGAUAAAAUGGCAAGGUGAGCCGGAUGUGGCCCCCGACUGUAGUUUGGAGACCCUUGGUUUAGAACAGGGGUGUCCAACCUUUCACCUUCCCUGGGCCACAUUA